ACUUUAUGUUUCCAACACAACAAGCAAUAUUAUCGAUACCACUUCGUUCUUUUUGUUCUUUUGAACAACUCAAUAUAACAAUAUGAUGUUAUCCAAAGUUCUUCGAAAUUCUCCACUUCUUUUCCGUGUCGCACAACCGAAGGAUCAUGAACGAAUUAUUAAGUUUCUGGAUAAACAUUUUGCAAAGGAGGAGCCAUGUUCAAGAGCGCUAAAAAUCUCCCCAGAAAUAUCUCGUGGCGUUUUCACAGCUACCGUAACCCGCUGUCUCACUACACCUUUCUCAACAGUUGUCCUCCAAGAAAAUGGUGAUUUGGCUGCUUGUCUUUUGGCUUCUGUUUGGAAUCGUACUGAUCCACUUGAGAAUGCUGAUUUUGAUGAUACAGGUCUUCCGGAGAAUUUCAAACUUUUUAUCCAAUUUUUGAACAAGGCUCAUUUGAACUUUUGGAAAAUUGCUCCACCAAACGUCAAUUCCAUUAUUCACAGAGAAAUUGGAAGCGUAGCUCCUCAGUUCACUCGACUUGGAAUUGCUACCAAAAUGGUUACUACUAACAUGACAAAACGUAACUUGAAAAAAUAUAACAUUGGUGGAGUUCUCUCGGAGACCACAUCACUUGCCAAUCAAAUUGUUCUCGAAAAAGCUGGUUUUAAGUGCCUCAAAGAGUUGCCAUAUUCGACAAUUGUUGAUUCAAAAGGAAAUCAAGUUUUGAAGUUGGAUGAUGGUACAACUUCUCUUUGCCUGAACUUCAAACCAAUUGAGGAGUACGAGAACUUGCCAGAAUAAGAAUUCAAAUGAAAAUAGACUUAAUAAAUGUUUAGGCACGUUUA